AUGAGUUUAGAUCCAGUUAAUAUAAUACGUCAGCCUGCAAGUGCAAAGCCCUUUGUUUCAAUUUCACCGCUCUUCACGAUGACUUCGGGAAACAACUUCCACGGCAUGAUAGCGAUGGUUACAGGAGGGGGCAGUGGCAUAGGCCGUGCCGUGUGCCAGAUCCUCGCCCGCGAUGGUGCAAGAGUUAGUGUUUGUGAUGUCAAUCUGCAGGCUGCUUUGGAGACCGUGGCCUCUCUCGAACACCAAGGCGAUCAUGUUGCCUUCUAUAUGGACGUGACAGACAAGAACUCUGUCUGCAACGCGCUCAGUGCCACUCAGGAGAAGCUCAGAGGCACUCCGACUUUGCUAGUUAACAGUGCCGGCAUCGUUCAACGCACUCGCUUCCUAGAGAUGUCAGAAGAAACGUUUAUGGAAGUCAUCGACGUUAAUCUCAAGGGUACUUUCCUCGUCAGCCAGGCAGUGUGCAACGCCAUGAUAGAAAGGGACGUGGCCAGGAAAGGGUCUGUGGUCAACAUUGCAAGUCUGGCAGGAAAGAAUGGCCUGGCUAUGAAGUCAGGGUAUGCGGCCACCAAGGGCGCUGUCAUGGCCCUCACAAAGUCGUGUGCCAAGGAACUCGCGAAGACAGGGAUUAGGGUGAACUGCGUGCUGCCCGGUGCCAUUAGAACACCUAUGCUCGCUCUUAGUCCCGAGGAACAUGUAAAGGAGGGACUGAAGACAAACCCCUUAGGACGUGCUGGGGAGCCGGAGGAGGUGGCUGAGGUUGUCGCAUUUCUUCUCUCGGGAAAGAGCAGUUACAUGUCAGGCACUGAUGUCGAAGUCACGGGAGGCCACGGGUUUUAAUUGUCUUCUUCUUUCUUCUAAUUCCUUUCUUCUAUAUAAUUUUUUCCCCUCUUCUUUCAUAUCUACAUUUUCCUGAUUUUUUUUUUUUUUAUUAAUGAAGGUGAAGGCUUUUCCUCCAUCUCUCUAAUUAGUAUAUUUUGAACUUGUUAUUUUCCUUCUUCCUGUAUGCUUCAGAAUUAGUGAAAAAUAUAUUUGUCAAAACAUA